GGAGGACCAACAUGGAAAAGAAAUCCGAUGGGGUUUGGCUCCCACAUUGUCCUUUGUACUGUUGCUACACAUAUCCCAAAACACCCGUGCCCUGUCCUUGCAUUGGACCCACACACACAUGACCCUUAUUCCCCCUCUUUCACUCACCUUUCUUCAUAAAUACCCCCAUUCUCCUCUCCAUUGCCAAUCGACACUUCAACCUCUGUUUUCCAUACCCACCCCAGCUAUCCCAGCUUCUUCCCCUGCUCAAAAAUGGCGAUCAGGAAAUCAUCCAAACUGCCCCAAACCGCAGUCCUCAAGCAGAUUCUCAAGAGAUGUUCGAGUCUGGGGAAGAAGCACGGCUAUGACGAGGACAGCCUCCCACUCGACGUCCCCAAAGGCCACUUCGCUGUCUAUGUCGGUGAAAACAGAACUAGAUACAUUGUCCCCAUCUCCUUCUUGACCCACCCGGAGUUCCAGUGCCUGCUCAGGCAAGCUGAGGAAGAGUUUGGUUUCGAUCACGAUAUGGGUCUCACCAUACCUUGUGAAGAAGUCGUUUUUCGCACCCUAACAUCCAUGCUCAGGUAAAAAGUUGAAGUCUUUGGUGCCGCACUGUGAAGCAGGGGAAGUUUGCUUUUGAGAAGAAAGACAUCACCACGAGAUGCAACUGCUUCUCUUUUUUUAACAUCUUUCUUUCUUGUACUCUUGAUCCCUGUUUUUUCUUUACUUUAUUCUAUUUUUAACCCAUUUGGGGUUUUUUAUGUUUAGUCCUUAGUGGCUCUAACUAGGAUACCCUGCAAAAAUUUUCAUUUUCUGGGAUGGAUUUGUAAAAAAAAAAAAAAAUGCUUGAUGUUUCCUCACAGAUGAGUGAAUUUUAUUUGUAACAUUUUGUGUGAGAGAAGUUGAUGUCAAGGAAGCAAUGGUAAUUACUAAUUAGCAACAAAAAUCUUUCUUUCUA